AUGGGGGGCGAUUUAAAUCUUAAAAAGUCGUGGAACCCGGCGUUGGUGAAGAACCAACAGAAGGUCUGGCAGAAGGAACAGGAAAAGCUCGAGGAGUACAAGCAGAUCAAGCAAAGAAACGCCGAGUUCGAGCAGGAACAACAGUACCAGAAGCUCCUCUCGCUCCGCCAUGGACCCGACUAUAAGGAGAAAAUACUGGCUGAAGAAAAGCUUAAACUCGGUAAGUUGGACUGGAUGUAUACUUCCGCUACGGCGCUGUCGCCAGGUUCAACGGAGGUGCUGGGUGAGUUCACUGAGGGUAAAGCGCAAGCGGAAAAGCUCUUGCUGGGGCUGGGGGCGAUGCUGGUGUCUAACAAAGCUAACCAACGGUUUAUGAAAGUGAUUAAUGGUGGUAAGGGAACGGUUAAAGCCACCGAUGACCCUAUGGCCGCGGUGGCAAUGGCGGCUCGCCAACACCGCCACCCUAAAGCUGCUACGACACCCAAAGACCUCAGAAACCAACGCGAAGACUCUCGCCGCAAACACCCGUCGUCUCGUGAUGACCACCGCCGCCGCCACCGUCACCAUACGCUGUCUCAUAAGUCUACCAACGAUAAACGUGAACGCUCACCAGUGAGAUACUAA